AUGUCUACCAAGAUACUGUCUUUAAACAGCACGGUUUUCAAAUGUAUGAAAACGUUUCACACCAGCUGUCCACGAGGGUUUAGGUAAGACACGCCGGAUAACUUUUUGUUAAUAUGUAAACUGCUGAUACAACAACCAUGCAUGCAGCAUAAUUGCCUCAUUUUGAACUUCCACAGAACUGCAGUUGCGUCUCUUAGUUCCGUCAGUUUGAAGGGUCGAAGCUUCCUAACUUUGAAAGAUUUCAGCCCAGAUGAAAUCAAGAGGCUGCUGUGGGUCUCAGGAGACCUCAAACAUCGGAUCAAACAUGAAAAACAGGUAGCUGGUGUUUGCUAACUUCUGUUGACUGCAGUAUGCAUUUGCAAAUGUUCUCAGUUUUAACUGUCAAGGUCAAUCUUCAGUGUCUGAAGCUAACUUUCUUCUCCAUUUUAGUAUCUUCCUCUUCUCCAAGGGAAGUCCAUUGCCAUGAUAUUUGAGAAGAGGAGCACCAGAACAAGAAUGUCUACAGAAACAGGUGUCCCUUAUGUAUUCAUAUAUCUUCAAAUGGUUUAUGACAUGUGCUGUAUUGAAACUUACAUGUAAAAACAUUAGAGUGGCACAAUUCAGUCACCAUGCAAUUGUUAGAUUAACGCAUUAGAUACACAUUGAUAGAAUUAAUGUAAUGGGGUUUUGAUAUCUUACAAACUUAGUCUGGCUGUUUUGAUCCAUUAGUAGCUUUAGCAGUGUAAAUGCCACCCCUUGUUUUUGACACAAAAGAACUGCUGAAAGGGGACUUUGAAAGCACCACGGGAACAAUGCUGUUUGCACCUAAACUACAUCCAUUCCCCACUCCUAUGCUGAACUUGGUGUGGGCUUAAAAGACAGUUUCUAUUUGAGGAUGAUUCAGUGUUUUUACUCCAGGUUUUGCUUUGCUUGGCGGGCACCCUUGUUUCCUCACAUCUCAGGACAUCCACCUUGGAGUGAACGAGAGUAGCACAGACACAGCUAGGUAUGAAAUUCAUUAUGGUUUUGUUCUUUACCAUGUGGGUUACAUAUCUCCGCUCCUUAUUUGUCUGUUAAUCUCAAAAAAAUCUUAAUCAGCAUGGUGUUUUUUAAGGCAGCGCUGCUUCACUUGUAUAAUAUUGCUUUGGUCCUCUGCUGCUUUUAAUAACUGAAAGGAAAGAUUAGAUUUUGUAGGUCACCACAUGAACCAAUAUUACAUGCACCCCUGUGUAAUCUCUAACCCCCCGCCACAGGGUUCUCUCAGGGCUGUGUGAUAUUGUCUUAGCACGAGUGUAUAGCCACUCCACACUGGAAGAACUGGAUAAGGAGGCCUCCAUCCCCAUCAUUAAUGGCCUGUCUGACCUCUACCACCCAAUCCAGAUCCUAGCUGACUACCUCACUUUGCAGGUAAUGUAGCAGCUUCCUGGCAUCCUGCUGUUUAAAUAAUUGAGAUGAUAAAGUCAGCGUGUUUUUCAAAUAUUUCCUCCCAGGAACAUUAUGGCUCCCUGAGUGGACUAACAGUCAGCUGGAUUGGAGAUGGGAACAAUGUCCUCCACUCCUUCAUGAUGUCAGCAGCCAAACUAGGAAUACAUCUGAAGAUUGCUACACCAAAGGUUUGCUUCUUUUUAUGUGGGAACAUCCACUGUAACUGUCUUAUCAUUGCUAGAGUUGAUCCUUUCCAAAGAAUAUCCUGGGGGACUACAAAUAUAUUGUUUUCUUUUUAUAAAAUAUAUGAAUAUUCAGCAACUGAUCUACAUUUUUACCUUAAUUUGCAGGGAUAUGAACCAGAGAAAAGUGUAAUUGAAGAGGCACAAAGACUCUCCAAUGAGGUGAAUUAUUGUUCAUGUGUCCUAGCUUUAAACAAACCUCUUGUCAAAAGACUUCUCAUUAAUUCAUAAAAUUGUAUUUUGUCUCAGCAUGGGACCCAGCUGGUUCUGACCAGUGACCCCAUGGAGGCUGCCCAUGGCAGCAAUGUUUUGGUCACUGACACCUGGGUCAGCAUGGGGCAGGAGGAGGAGAAAAAAAAGAGGCUUAAUGACUUUAAAGGUUACCAAAUUACUAUGCAGGUAAGAUGUGGGGAGUUUUACAAAUAUAAAGAAACACAUUUUGACUUAAACACUUUCUCUUUGGCUCAGAAAGAAAGAGGAGUCAAUCGUUACAUAUCAGUAGCUUUUAGAGAUGGAAGGCGUUUUCUGCUAUGUAAAAGACACUGAACUUGUCAGAGUCGUUGUUCCAAUAUUUAACAUUAAUUCAGAGCAAACUUAUGUUUUGUAUUUAAUAGGCUACUGCUUGAGAAAGUGAUACAAAAGUUUAUAAUAACUAAACCAAUUACAUCCUUUUUAAUGGAGAAACAGCUAAAUAGAUUUCAGAAUUUAAAGUUAGCAUGCAUAUUAAAAAAACGUAUUGCACAAAUCAUAAAUGUAUUGGUAGCAUAGUUUUCUGAAAAAUGAGAAAGUGAGGUGAUGUGAUUUUCAUUAACAAAACACGUCUUUAUGUCAUAUAUAUAAACACACAUUAUGGACAGUUUUAUUUUGGAGAAACUACCUCUGAACUGAUCCAAAUCAGUCAUUUGUCAGCCAAAUAUGUGUGAGCAUAGGAGAUGUUUGAUUCCAGUUUUGAAUUGAUUCAAGGUAUUAACAUAAAACAGCUUCUGGAAAACAAAAGAGAAAUGGACUAGCACUGCAAACAAAAAAGAAACUAUAAUGUAUUUAACAUAUAUGUAUAUCUGACUAGCCAUUAUUCUUGCAAUACUCCAUCCUGACUUUCUCACUCAUCUACAGACAGCACGUGUAGCCAAACCAGACUGGACCUUCCUACACUGUCUUCCACGGAAAAUGGAGGAGGUGGAUGACGAGGUAUUCUACUCUCCUCGUUCACUUGUCUUUCCUGAGGCAGAGAACAGGAAAUGGACCAUCAUGGUGAGUAGCCUUGAGAAAAACUCACCAUUAUUUACCAUAUAAUUUUAUACAUAAGUAGGUUAAUUUAGACCCAUAGUCAGCUUUUACUCUCUCUCUUCUAAUCAUGACAUCCUUUUUCUCUUACAGGGUCUGGUGGUUUCUCUUCUGACUGACUAUUCACCACAGAUCCCCAUGCUCAAGUUCUAA